UUAAUUUCAGUUCAUAUCUUGCCCCGGAGUUCGCUGCAUCCGAUCCCUGCCCUAUCAAUCUUCACCUACUGCCCUCUCCCUCUGUAGUGAUCAGUGACAAUGGGACUAAUGUUAUCAGUUGUAAUAUCCUACGCUGGAUUCAACGAAGCCAUAGAGUGCGUCAAGCAUAUCCUCAGCGGCAUCAUACCCGAUACCGAGCCAAACUUUCAAGAUCUAGUCGAAUAUUAUACGAAACUUCUUCAAAAAUCAUCCAAUCCGUCAACACCUCGAGUCUGGACUGUGGAAAGUGGUCAAGGAUACCUCCAUUUAACCGAAGAUAAGAAUGGGUGCAUUAAGUCAGCAGCAAUAAAAUUUUACGGUGACAAGACUAUUGCUUUACUUUUCUCAACUAAAAUAAGUAGCUUCGGUCAAGAUUCCGUUGAAGAUUCACAAGCAAACGGUGAUUAUAGAUUCGAAAGGUACAUACCGACAAAGACGAAAACAAUCAUAUCGGAAUCAUCAGAGUCGUUCAGUGUUGGAUAUAAAAAACGAUCACCCACUACCUCUGAAACUAUUUCAGAUUCAAAUGCAAUUUCAGAGAAUUCUCGUGAAAAAGAUGACCUCGUUGGUGAGGAAAAUAGAGAAAAAUUAUCAUGGGAAUAUGUUCCUAAAAGCCCGUCCCCUACACCGCUGCCCGAAAUAAAUUUUCAGUCCUAUGAUGACGACAAAAUUGGAGACACCACUUACAGCGAAAGCUAUUUAAGAUCACUAGAUGGAAUUAAAUUCACACCAUUACAACGCAAUGAUCCGAGCGGCCGUCGGAGGACUUUUCGGAUGCGUAAAUCAUCAUCGUCGAAUUCUUCGAAAGAAUCGCGUGCCUCGCGCGAGGAGGAAUUAAAAAUGUUCACGUCGCUCGAGGAGGAAGAGUUCAAAAGCAUGAACAAAGAGAAUAACUACACCGGUUUUGGGAGUGCACCUAAUUUAGUGACACGUUCUUAUUCCAGAAGUCGCUCCAGGGAACGAUCGAAAGAUAGGAAAAACCGUAGUUUUAAUGACGAAACAAGUACAGACAGCGAAGAAAGGCUUGAAGUUAGACAGCAACGAAGUCUGUCAAGAUUAGGCUCAUUCGAGGAGAAAGACGAAAUCAAAGAAACGGCUGAAAAAAAUGAGCUUAUUUUUAGUGACGAGUACACCAAGGCGAUGAACAAGGACUGGCAUAGCGGACACUUCUGCUGCUGGCAGUGCGAUGAGUCGCUGACAGGGCAGCGCUAUGUGCUCAGGGAUGAACAUCCCUACUGCAUCAAGUGCUAUGAGAGCGCCUUCGCUAACGGCUGCGAGGAAUGCAACAAGACCAUCGGUAUCGACUCCAAGGAUCUGUCGUACAAAGACAAGCACUGGCACGAGGCCUGCUUCCUCUGCGCCAAGUGCCGCGUCUCGCUCGUGGACAAGCAGUUCGGCUCCAAACAUGACAAGAUCUACUGCGGCAACUGCUAUGACGCUCAGUUCGCCAGCCGGUGCGAUGGCUGCGGUCAGGUGUUCCGUGCUGGAACCAAGAAGAUGGAGUACAAGACCAGGCAGUGGCACGAGAAGUGCUUCUGUUGCGUGGUGUGCAAGAACCCGAUCGGCACCAAGAGCUUCAUCCCGCGCGAGCAGGAGAUCUACUGCGCCGGCUGCUAUGAAGACAAGUUCGCUACUCGCUGCGUCAAGUGUAACAAGAUCAUAACGCAAGGCGGCGUGACGUACAAGGAAGAGCCGUGGCACCGCGAGUGCUUCACGUGCACGAACUGCGACACGUCGCUGGCCGGCCAGCGCUUCACGUCGCGCGACGACAAGCCGUACUGCGCCGACUGCUUCGGCGAGCUCUUCGCGAAGCGCUGCACCUCCUGCACCAAGCCCAUCACCGGCAUCGGCGGCACCCGCUUCAUCUCGUUCGAGAACCGCCACUGGCACAACGACUGCUUCAUCUGCGCGCAGUGCAAGACCUCGCUCGUGGGCAAGGGCUUCAUCACCGACGAUCCCGACGUCAUCUGCCCCGAGUGCGCCAAACAGAAGCUCAUGUAAAUACUCGUCCGAGCCCGCUCUCGCCCCCGCCCCCGCUCCCGCUCCCGCCCCCGCUCUCGCUCUCGCUCUCGCACUCGCGACGCGGCGCGCCCUCCGACGCUAUCCGUAUUUAAUCUGUGUUGCCAGCUGUCAAAUUCGAUUUUUAAUCUGCGCUUGACGAGUGGCUUUUGACAUUGCUCGUUUAUGUUUACUUUUCGAAAUUUAAAAAGUGAAAUGUUAUGACCGUUUCGGAAAAAUAAAUAUUAUCUAAUAUUUAUAUAAUUAACGUCGAAAUUGUUAACGAUUUUUGCCACUCGUCAAAAUGGCUACGCAUAUGUCGAAAUCGAUAUAGUUAUGCACAAAAAGAUGUGGACACAUUGGCGAAUAGCUUUUUGCUAAAAAAAGCUUGCUUUCGAUGCGUGUACUAACGGAGCCUAAUGUAUUUUUGUGCUUGUGCAGCGACAAUACCGUCAUGCCCCUAGUCGCUAAUGCGAGAGAUUGGAUCGCGAACAAAACGAAACCAAUGCCCUGCGACCAACUGUUCGACCUCGCGAAUACAACACGCUUCCGUAAGGUCAACCCUAGGAAAGUCGCGAAAACUUAAACGAUAUUUUUAUAGAAAAAACCCUUCAAAAAUCACAAAAAAAAAAUGUGGAUGCACAAAACGAGUAUUUAAUUUCGCUUUUUUACUGAAUGUUUAUCUAAGGUGUUUAUAUAUUUUGAUUGUUUAAUCGUUACUAAACAUCGACAUAAAUCGUGUAUUUAUCGAACAUCUAUUUAAUCGCUAAUCGCCGUAUUAUUUCGCUUUGGCUGUUGUAUUUAGUCCUUUAGGUGUGACCUAAGUUGUCAGUCUACCUAGUGCAAUUCACACGAUGCCUUAAUAACAUAUCUAAGUCAAUUUUGAGGGUAUAUAUUUUGUGUUGUACCUGUAACCAUUACUAUGUAUUCAACAACACAAUUAUACAUCUCGUGCUGUAGUUUUCGAGUUUUUAUUAUUAGAUUAUUAUGUCAUAAAUAAGUGCUUGUCAUUGUUUAAUGCGUAACAUAGAAUUAAGUGUAAGAAUUUUAUCGACAGAGUAACGUAUGUUUAAUAUGUUUAUAUUUAAGUAUUUAUUAAAACGGGAGUAUGUGGAGUCGGUGGUGUUACCAUAUUAUAACGUUGAGAUUUCUAGAUGUAAUGUUGCCAUACGCACCAUCGACGUAGCUUCCUAACACUAAAUUGUUGACGUAAUGUCUAGUUUUUACUAAUUAAAUAAUAUAAUAAAAAAAUAUUUUUGUUCUCGGAUAGGAAUCAAUCGUGUUACAAUAAUGUAAAUGUUAUAUCUAUUUUUACAUGAUAAUGAUAUUUUUCUAGUGUAGCGUAUUUAAGAGAAUAACAUCUGUGUAUCGAAGCGACCACGACAAGUCAGGGGAACACUUUUAAGGGUUAAUUGUUAAGGGAUAAAUUAUUCAAAUGUUGAUGAAAGAUUAUAUUUAUAAUGUGUACACAUUUAAACUGCUUAGCUGUGUGAUCUGAUCUAAUAUUCUUGUAUUUAUCUACCCAUAGAUUGUAUUAUACUAUGAAACUGAAUUAAAUUAUCAAAAGUAACUUCA